CUUGAGGGUGGCUUCUUCCUUCCUACCUGAAGCUGUAUCUCAGAUAUUUCCCAGCUCUUAUGUGACAUGGGUCCCAUGCUGACAGAUGUCUGCAUAUUUUAGUCUUGGCUCUAAGCUGUUCACCAGGGCGAUAGGAUUUGGGGAUAAGGGUGAGGUUUGACUGCAUCAUUUGCAUCUCUAGUUUGAACAGCAAGGAGAAGAGGCGGGGCUUGUGUAUAACAGCACUGGGGGAGGAAUUGCUUAUGUAACUGGGGCAGCAGAUGUAGCAGAAGGAGAGAGGAGGCAGAAGCUGGGGAUGGGAGCAGUGAGCUGCCGGCAGGGGCACCAUGCCCAGACGGCUGCUUCUCAUAAGCAGGGUGGCAACAUCCAGGGCCCCUGGGUCCAAGGCUGGAAGAGCCUCUGGUCAGGUGUGGGGACCACAAGGUCAGGUGUGAAAGAACUGUGGGGACUACGGGGGCAUCAGUUCCUGCAUCGGGAGCCCCUGGAGCCAGCCCCACUGCUAGUAGAGAAGCCGCUGCCUGAAUGGCCAGUGCCUCAGCUCAUCAACCUCUUUCUGCCGGAGUUUCCUAUUAGGCCUCUUAGGGGGCAUCAGCAGCUAAAGAUUUUAGGCCUUGUGGCUAAAGGCUCCUUUGGAACGGUCCUCAAGGUGCUAGACUGUGGCCAGAAAGCAGUAUUUGCAGUGAAGGUGGUGCCCAAGGUGAAGGUCCUACGGAGGGACGUCCUGAGGCAGUGCAAAGAGGAGGUCAGCAUCCAGCGACAGAUCAACCAUCCUUUUGUACACAGUAUGGGGGACAGCUGGCAGGGAAAACGACACCUCUUCAUUAUGUGCAGCUACUGCAGCACAGAUCUGUACUCCGUGUGGUCUGCUGUUGGCCGCUUGACUGAGGCUUCCAUCCGCCUUUUUGCUGCUGAGCUGAUCCUGGUGCUGUGCUAUCUCCAUGACUUGGGCAUCAUCCAUCGAGAUGUGAAGAUGGAGAAUAUCCUUCUGGACGAACGAGGCCAUCUGAAACUGACAGACUUUGGUUUGUCCCGCCACCUGCCCCAAGGAGCCCGAGCCUAUACUAUCUGUGGCACUCUUCAGUACAUGGCGCCCGAGGUCCUGAGUGGAGGGCCUUACAACCAUGCUGCUGACUGGUGGUCCCUGGGUGUCUUGCUUUUUUCUCUGUCAACUGGAAAGUUCCCAGUGCCAGCAGAGAGAGAUCAUGUGGCCAUGUUGGCAAGUGUGACCCACUAUGACUCUGAGAUCCCAUCUUCCCUUAACCAGGGGCUCUCACUCCUACUCCGCGAGCUCUUACACCAGGAUCCCCUUCACCGUCUACGUUAUUUGCAUCACUUCCAGGUCCACCCUUUCUUCCGGGGUGUGGCCUUUGACCCAGAGCUCCUACAGAAGCAUCCAGUGAACUUUGUCUUGGAGACACAAGCUGCCCAGUCUAGUCCAUCAUCGGAGUCCAUGUUUUUCAAGGACUUUGACUGUAAUCUGGAGUCCUUCCUGGUCCACCCAAGGCUGGCUUGAGCUUCUCUACUGGAGUUGGGGCCCAUCCAGGAACUUGAGGACUUCCUCCACUGCCAGCUCACUGUGACCACCUGAUGAUCAGUUUGUUUUUACUUUGUAGCCUCUUAUCACUCUGUUCCUUUAGGUGUUGAACCAGAGUUCAGACUGGGUGUUCUGUUGGCAGCCAUGAUGCCCUAGUCCUUACCUCAUCAUACAGCUUAUCUCAGUCUCAGAUCAGAGUGUGGACCUUUACCUUUAUUUCAGUUCUCCGGUGCUUAUACCCUGCAGUUUUUAGCCAGAAGUUUAUUCCACUUUUCCUUCUUGUUUCUGUGCCAUGUUUCCUUUCAUGAGCAAAACAUUUCAUGGGUUCCCAAGGUGCUAUUUAUGUGUUUAAUAGGCUUGUCAGAAGCAGUAUGAAUAUUUUUCCGAGGUCUCAAAAGCUAGCAUUUAUUUCAACCCCUAAAUAUGCAGGUAAAACAUAUGAUUUAGGGCCCAAAGUCAGUCUAAUUUUUAAAAAUUUAAAAAGUUAAAUCUAAUAGCAUACUGUGAGGAAGAGAAUAAGAAAUGAAACAUGGGGGGUUACAUGUCUUCUUUAGGGGUAACUGGAAUAACUAUCCACAUUUUUUCCAAAACAAAACCUCUUUGAAAGACAUAAGUAUUCUUAAACUGACCUCUUCCCUAGAUGGCCAAGGGUUUAGUUUCUGAUGUGCAAACCAAUGGAUUAAGAGGCAUGACAUCAACUUUGAGAUUUAAGAUAAGAGAUGGAACUCAAGAACCUUUUCCUUUAGGAACAUAAUCUGAACCUUAAAAUUGUAUACAUUUCUGGCCUUCAUGACUUCUUUUCAUUUUUCUUUAACUUCCUAAAAGCUUCACUUUCAUUAUUCUUCAGUCAUAUCUGAAGAGAGUCUGGGAAGUACUCAAGUACUGUUUAUUAAUUUUGUCCCCCUGGUUUAAGCCAGAUUUUCCCUGUACAUAGCUGGCAUUUUAUUGACCUCUGCAGAACUGCUUUUUCUGAAUUAUACUUUGAUAAUCCAUAUGAAAAUCCCUAUGAAAUUUAAUUGCUGUGGAUACUGUAAAGGGUGUUUAUAGAUCAUAAUGUUCUAUAUAUGGAUGUAUGUGAGAAAAUUUUCUCUGAACCCAAUUGUGCUUUUCCUCAAUUGCUGGUUGGUUUUUAUCUUAAAGACAAUUUAUAUUCAACUGAGUCUAUUUUUCUUUUCAUAUGAUGCUAGACCACUGAGAGCCCAGUUUGUGGUCCACUUCCAACAAGUGUUUAGGACCUCAUGUUAUGUUUUGUAUGCUAGCCAUGUUCUUGGUUCCAUCCUCCUUUUCUGCCUUUACUUUUCUUAUUUUCAUUUUUCUGUUUUAAUCCUUUUUUAAAAAUCUUAGUAGAUUACCUCCAUCUUUGUAAGCCUUUUAGAAUUAGGUUGAUAUAUAAAGAAAUAAUGUAUCCUUAAGCCUUUUGACUAUCUCAUUUGUUUCUCUUCAGAGACUUUUUAAGCUUUAUUACAUACUUCUAAAGUUGUCAUGACCAGAACUUCACAUUGUAUAAAAAACCAAUACUAGAAAUAGAAACUAAUGGCUUCUAAAACAGUAAAGAGUAUUAGAAUGGAAUUUAGGAGACCUGGUGACUUGAUCCACCAACAAAUAUCUCAGUGUAAGAGGCCUCAGAAGAAGCCAACUCUGCUGACACCUUGAUCUGACUUCUAGGCUCCAGUAUUGUGAAAAAAUAAAUCUCUGUUGUUUAACCCA